UGACUGACAGGAGCCGUGUGAAGCUUUAGACCAUACCUCUCUCAUCACAAUCAGGAGCGUCUUGUACACUUGAAUAGUUCUACCUCAGUGCCUCCCUGAAAGCACCUGUUGAGGCGAGAGGAGCUGCACCUUCCACCAGACUCAAGAGGACCUGACCCGGCUCUGAUUCGCACUGCCAGGCAGCCAUGGGCUCCAUGCUGUUGGGCUUUGUUACUGACUUCUUCACCUAUGAGACCACCAAGUCAGUGGUUGUCAAGAGCUGGUCUGUGGGCAUCAUCAACCGCAUCGUACAGCUGCUCAUCAUCUCUUAUUUUGUGGGCUGGGUCUUUAUCCACGAGAAAGCGUAUCAGUCCACUGACACUGGCAUCGAGUCCUCUGUGAUGACCAAAGUGAAAGGCUUUGGUUACCAAAACAACCAUGUGAUGGAUGUUGCUGACUACGUCCUCCCACCACAGGGCGCAGGUGUGUUCUGCAUCAUAACCAAACUCAUCGUCACUGAAAAUCAGUUCCAAGGACAAUGUGCAGAGACUGGGUGGAGAUAUGGUUGUCAAAAAGAUGAAGACUGUCACAAGCAUUUAGGUUCCAUCCUGACUAACGGUGCAAUAACAGGUGUGUGUCUGAAUUCCUCCUCCGGCUCUAAGGGUAUGUGCGAGAUUGAAGGAUGGUGUCCAUCUGAGAAUGACAAUGUCGUGGUAGAGUCAAUGAUGGACGUGGUUGACUUCACCAUCUUCAUCAAAAACAGUAUUCGAUUUCCACUUUUCAAUGUCACUAGAGGAAACUUUCCGGCCACAAUGACAUCAGAUGAGAUCAAAAGGUGCACCUACCACCCUGAGACAAACCCCUUCUGCCCCAUCUUUCGUGUGGGGGAUGUGUUGAACUUCACUGGGCAAGACGUGAAAAAUCUGACGCAAAAGGGAGGAGAAAUAGGAAUAAACAUUGAGUGGAAGUGUAACCUGGACUAUGACAUUGAGAACUGUGUGCCCAGGUACUCUUUCACACGACUGGAUGAACCAUUUGCAAAGAAUGCCGUCUCCAAAGGCUACAACUUCAGAUUUGCCAAAUAUUUCAAGACAGUGAAUGGGACUGAUUUUCGGACACUUCACAAAGCCUAUGCAAUCCGUUUUGAUGUUAUGGUCACUGGAAAUGCAGGAAAGUUUGAUACAAUCCCAACUCUGAUCAACCUGGUUGCUGCAUUCACCUCGGUUGGACUGGGUGCGGUUCUUUGUGAUAUCAUCUUGCUGAACUUCCUAAAAGGAGCAGACCAGUACAAAGCCAAGAAGUUUGAGGAGGUGUCAGAAGCUCAGAUUGAAGCAUCCAUUGCUCAGAGCCCUGGUAGUCCGCUGUCACUGAAAGGAGGAAUAAAGAGCUCUUACGACUCAGGAGCCAUUUCCCUCGCCACCUCUGACCAACAACUUUGACUGAAAACAACAACGUGAUGACUCAAACUUUCCUAAUUUUCUGUCUCUUAUUACCUCCAAGAAUUAAAUCAUACCUUUCCCGCUGUAA